CACAGGGUCGCUUUUCUUCCGACUGACACUGACAUUCAACGCUAGAUUUGAUAUGUGAUUAAAAUUCAGUCAAAAUUACUUUUGUUUGUUUCUGUAAAUAUCCAUCAACAGUGGUAUAUGCAUAACAAGUUCCCCUCAAGAAACCGCUUCGCACAUUUUCCCAGGAGAUCAUUAACUUAAUCGUGUGUGGAAGCAUGCUCGGUAGAUUAGCGAGCUGUUAUCAGCAAAGGGCGCCCACAGCGACGAUGGCUGCGAUGGGCGUUGCAGGCGUCCUACUUGGAAAACGCCGGUCGCGGCGGCACCUUCAACUACGCUGCAGCCAUCACGCAGCUGGUUAUCAUGGCGACGGCGGCGGCGGAAAAAGCAGAUCACUAGAUUCAACAAAUGGAUGCAGCGAAAACAUCCCCAGGGCGAAGCCAUUCAGCAGCGCAAACCUCACGGAUCGGUGCAAAAUAUUGCAAAACACCAAAACCUCCCGACAGCACCUGACACCCGAACUAGCGCUGCAUCUUAUCACCGAGGAAUGCACCAUUUAUCAUCAGCCCAUCGACGAGGAUUUCUGCUUUGCAGCGGAACCUUUUUGGGGGUUUUUCUGGCCCGGAGGCCAAGCACUGACAAGAUUCAUUCUAGACAACAAGCAAUUAUUCGAUGGGAAAUCCGUUCUAGACGUUGGCAGCGGCUGUGGGGCUUCAUCCAUUGCGGCACUCAAAUCGGGCGCAAAACAUGUCACCGCCAAUGAUAUCGAUCCAGUCGCCCUGCAAGCCACGCUUCUCAACACGGAACUCAACGUGGUCGGCGCCCCAGACAGCAUCGUUGGGCAGCACUGUCUGCGAUUGGAACUGGACCAGACGAACCAGAUCGGGACGGGCUGCGAUCGCUACGACGUCAUCCUGCUGGGCGACCUUUUCUACGAUGCCGAAAUCGCUGACGUGCUGAUCCCGUGGCUGAGCCGGUUGUCGCGUCACGGCAAGAAAGAUAUCUACAUCGGCGAUCCGGGGAGACACGGCCUUACGGAGACGCGGUUGCGAAACAUGAUUCACCAAGCGCGGUACGAGCUGCCACCGAAUGUUUGCCUGGAGAAUAACGGGUUUUCUCAUGCGAGUGUUUGGAAAUUUGUUGAGGAUGCGUAGAUCCAUUCGCCGCCAUGAUUUAGCACCCAUUGUGAUUGUCGAGUCGAGGGUCAAUUCUGUUCGUGAGUGGGAGUGAGUUAUUCCUAAAUAUAUUGAACUCCUUACGAAAAUGGUCGGAAUUAAAAGUAGAGCAAGUCGCCUGUUGAUAGGCGGAUGUAUUUAUGUGUGAAAUAAAGCUACAUGUUGAUUUAAAUGAUGCAUGCAUGUAUCAGUGUGAUA